CCCGGGCUCAGUGAUCGCUGAUCUGCCCGGGGUGAGCUCGCUACUGACCCCUGAAAGGCGGGGGAGAACCGAGAAACCCGCACUCCUUUCAAAGAGGAAAUAGCGAGCCCGCCCAGGUUUAAGCUGUACCUUGCUAAUGGCGUUUCCCAGCUGGCAGCCGCACCCCGCCAGGUUAUAACCCCUGACGGGAGCUGUGCCCUCAUAACCCCGGCUGGCCGCGGUUUGCAGCUGAGCCCUGACAAGUUCUACCGCGGCCAAGGGGAGACGAAGAUUUGCUGGCUGGGGAUUUUUUUGCUUUGUGUGGUUUCUUUUUCAGGCCAGCUUCAGAAUUGUAAGUUUUGUGUGGAGCUUUUGUUUUCUUCUUGGCAGUGGGAGUUAAAACUGGUGUGGACAAAUGUUUAGUUUCAUAGUCGAUGUUUAACUUACUGUCAGGUGUGAAUUACGCACAUGAGAGGUUCGUUUGUAACUUCUGGAGUGCUUUGAUGGCCACAAACUACCAGCUACUGAUAGAUACACAUAAUAUGUAAAGUAAUGAAAACUGAAACGAUGGUGCGGUUUAUUUUUUUCACGCAGAGGACUUGUCUGCACUCCCAGAGUGAAAAAGAUUUCCAUCUAUGAUGAUGACAGAUUUUACAGGAGAGCAUACGUGGUUACAAAUACAGCAUGAACUCAGUUUGAGGAAACUAACAGAGGGUUCAGAGUAUCAAGAGGAACUAAAAUAUGACUUCAAUAUAAAAGGGGAACUGAGGCACCUGGAUACAAAUGAGUCCUUUGUUUUCAAUUACUACAAGAAUGGACAUGAGCAGAAUCAUAAACGCUACAAAGUUCUGGGACAUUUUAUUACCCAGUAUGUUUAUGAGCUCCUGGAAAGAGUCUGCAUGCUGCAGAAGGUUUAUAUUCCUACUGAUGCUACAGAGGAUGAACCAAGAAGUUUCUUUUUCAUGAGUAAGAAUGCACUAACAAGUUCCUCUAGCCUAAUUAUCCUUCUUCAAGACCGUGGAGUUUUUUGUGCUGGACAGUGGGGGCGAAGGACGAUUGUCAAUGAGGGCCUGAGGCAUGGAACACAAAUACCAUUCAUCAGAAUGGCCCUGCAAAGCCACUGGGAAGUGAUUGUACUGAACCCCAAUGACAACUUCACUGAUCUGAACUCUGAAAAGGAGAGAUUUUCUACCAGGGAAGAAACGCCAACUGUUACACAGUCUGUCUGGGGGAUCCCCAAGAGGGGCAGCAGCAGCCCUGAGGAGCACACUCUAUAUGUAUGGGAUCAUUUCAUUGCAAAGAGUGCAGCCAGGAACGUGGCAUUCAUUGCCCAUGGCUAUGGUGGGUUGGUGUUUAUUGAUCUGCUGGUGCAGAGGAAACAUGAGGUGAUGAAUAAAGUGUACUCUGUGGCGUUCAUCGACUCCACGCACAACGUGCAGCACCAGAGCAGACACGAUCCGGAAAUACAGAAAUGGAUACAGAAAAACUGCCGGGAAUGGGUGUCAAACAGCAAACCCCUAAAUAAAACUGUGGGCUUUCUCAUGAGAGUAAGUUGCCCUACUGUCUCUACUGGGACAGAAAAGUAUGGUUUAGCACCCUCCUGCUGCUUACAACCAAUCUUUAGGUACCUGAAGAGCAAGCUGAAAGCCACGAUCACAAUGGCCUCCAAUUCACGUGUUGCAACCAGAAGCAGCACAAGAAGAGAGGCAAUAACUAAAGGUACACUGGUUUGUUCUUGAUAGUGGUCUCUUCCUUUCAGAACUGCCUCUGCACCUUUCUGUCACCUAAGCGCCUUCAUCGCACUGUGGAGAAAUUCGCAGUUCUAAGUUUGAAACUAGUUUGUUUGGUUCUGAGAAGAAAAACACAGAAGUUAACUGUUAGGAAAGAAAUGCAUUGUUGAAAGCCUUAAACCUUUUGGCUAGCUGUGAAAUUUAAAGUUGAAUUAAAGAUGUUAAGGUAUA